UUGAAAUUCAAACCGAGCCGGAAGUUAGCGGAAGUGGCGCAAUCUCGUUGCAUAUUCUCUCAGUGCGGCAGAGAGCAAAGGAUUAAGUUCACCAACAGCGAUGUCGUUUUGCUCUUUUAUCGGCGGAGAGGUCUUUAAAGACCACUUUAAACCAGGGAUUUACGUUUGCUCUAAAUGUGACCAUGAGCUGUUCUCCAGUCGCUCCAAGUACGAGCACUCGUCCCCCUGGCCGGCCUUCACGGAGACCAUUCAUGAAAACAGUGUAUCCAAAUUUAAGGAGAGGCCCGGGGCUUAUAAGGUGAAGUGCGGGAAGUGCGGAAAUGGACUGGGACAUGAAUUUGUGAAUGACGGUCCAGCCAAGGGUUUUUCUCGCUUCUGAAUCUUCAGCAACUCACUGAAGUUCGUCCCUAAAGAUAAGGUUGAUGGACAGUAAGGUGAGCUGUGAUUCAGGAGACUGAAGGACCAGAAGCCUCUCUGUUUUGCUGCAGGUGCGGACAGUGAAUGAAGUGUUCUGGGACAAAGUCCUCUCAGGAAGCCCCAGGACUCUGAUGAACUAUGACCUCACUGGAGAGCAAGGACAGAGAGACGAUGGAAACCCUUUUAUUAUGCAAUUAUCACUGAUUGAGCUACAAGAUUGAUCACACCAACUACAUCGUUAUGCAAACAGACUGUUCGUAUCAACUCUGUGCUUUUUAUCAGUCUCUGAAAGAAAUGGAACAAGUUAUCUACUGUUGAGAAACAUGUGACUUUUAUGGAAUAUUUAUUAAUUUGUCAAAUGAGAAGAGCAUUUUAUGCAAAUUGUGCACAGUGUUUAAAAUAAAAGUCAAAUAAAUGUA